CCGUUUUCAUAUUGUGAAACAGACUCAUGGUUUUCAGAGGAGAGUUCAGUUGACAGUUCACUUCAUCUACUACCAGGAUACUUGAUCGUGCGGAUUUGUUGAUUACUUUCCUUCUUCAUACACACCAGUUGGACAUGGGCUUCUUCCUCACUAAGAUGAUGACUGUGUUUGGGAACAGAGAGCACAAAGUCCUCAUUGUUGGUCUGGACAACGCAGGCAAGACGACCAUCCUUUACCAGUUUCUGACAAAGGAAGCUGUUCACACAGCACCGACGGUGGGCAGCAACGUAGAGCAGAUCACCGUGAGGAACACACACUUUUUGGUGUGGGACAUCGGAGGCCAGACGAGCCUUCGGAGCACCUGGUACUCUUAUUACUCCAACGCUGAGAUUGUCAUCCUCGUUGUGGACAGCACGGACCCGGGACGACUCAGGCUCACCAAAGAAGAACUGCAUCGAAUGCUCGCACACGAGGACUUGCAGAGUGCCGCCAUUCUGGUGCUGGCCAACAAACAGGACGUGAAAGGUUCCAUGACGGCGGCUGAGAUCUCCCGGCGCCUCACGCUGGACGGCAUCACAACGCACAACUGGCACGUGCAGGCCUGCUGCGGCCUGACUGGCGAGGGCCUCAAUGCCUGUCUGGACUGGAUGCAGUCACAGGUGGUUGCCUCCUGAACAUCCUUCUACCUCCUCCUCGAAGAUUUUGUCAGGAUUGCAUAACAGUGAACAGUGGGACACAGCCUACCUCAACUGAACCGUGUUGAUCAUACGGUUGGUAUGUAAGAAGGUGCGCCGCAUUUAAGGCAGCAUAAAUUGGGAUUGUUCUUUGUGUGAUUAUCUCUACGUGUAAAACUGGUGUGAUUGUUCUUUCUGUUCUACUUGAAAUAAGACCAAAUGAAUGGAUGUUUGGUUUUAAGAACCUCCUUUGUGCUGGGAAAAGAGCCACCUAUUUUUGUAAAUAUUUCGGGUGUCUUCAUGAUUGUAUGCAAUGGAUUUAUACUAUUUUUUUUAAAGUGAUGUAAUUUAUUUUCAUGGAAAUGAGCAGGAAUGAAUGGGAAUUAACGGCAUUGGAUCUUUAUAAAAUUUGCAUUGAAUUUUUAUGUUUACUUAAAUAAAACAAACAAAAUGCAAUUAUGAACUUGUUUAAAAUAGACAGUUUAUGCCAUUCUUAAAAAUACACUGGUGCCUUGAGAUACAUGUUUAAUUUUUCCCAUGACCACACUCGGAAGUCAAUCAGUUGCUUAAAGGGUUAUAUCACCUCAACAUAGAUGCUAAUAAGAAAUUAGCAUUAAGCUAGCAGACUGAAAGGCUAAACGACAGCUCAACUCUCAAAAAAGUCGUUGCUCAUAUCUCAAGGCAUCAUUUUAUAUUACAUUUAUUUAUUGUAUAAAUUGUAAGUGCUGAGGGGAUUUACUCAGUUUUGAUAUUUUGUAACAUUUAACAAAAUAUAGCAAAACAUUAAAAUAUAAAAAUAAUUAUUGUAUAAAGUUAUUUAUGAAAUACAUAUUUAUGAUACUAAUUGCAACGCCUGAAGGCAGUUACUUAAUUUUGUGAAUAGUUUUGCUAAUGUUUAUUCUUUUGACCAUGCACAAUGCAACUUUGUUUUGACCUCUUCAUUUUAUUUUCACAAAUGUAUCGUGAUUAUUUUUCCAGCUGGUUGGUAUGAAAAUCAGCUAUGUGUAGCAUUGCAUUACAGAGAAUAAAGUAUCUAUUUAUUCAAA